UCAAUACAUAUCUCGCACCAGUGAUACGAUAUCACUUUUCUGUGUACUGUCGGCGUCACCUGCCAUCUCACGUGAAGUUCAGUGUGGUUCAGUAAUCUCGGCGAUCGUCUUGAGUGAUGACUUAUGUUGCGGUCCAGCAAAAACGUGUGGUGCACGAAGACUUAUACUAGUGUACGAUACUUCUUGUUUCGUAGGAGCAGUGAACAAGAAGCAAUUGUGUGAAAUAUCCUUCAAUACAUCUUCUGUACUAUGUACUGUUUGGAAAAUAGUACCAUCGUCGACGAAUUGUGUUUGGAUAAACAUACUAAACUGAAGGAAUCUUUCGGAUUAAGAGACCGACAGACACAGAUUUGGUCGAGAACGCCGCCCGCCCCCACAGCCCCAGCUGGCCCGCUGCUCUCGUCCUGCUGAUCGCCUCGGAAACCGAUUCAGAAGCUGUCUCAAGAUCUCUCCGAUUGACCCCAGGCUCGCCGAAGAAUCCCAUAGUCUUAACGCGAUUUUCCGAGUGCACCCGAUUCACUUCGUAAAAACUGAAUUUCCCACACGAGUAAUGCUCCAUGUCUGCUGUGUAUUAAUAUUUAGCGAAAUGUUUCUGCCAGUGCUUAGCUAUUUCUUGUACAAAACCGCAUCAUGUGGUGAACAUUUUUCAAAAUGAUUACUCAUUCAGACCUUUGAAAGUUGUGUUCUGAGACACGAGGAACGCGCUGCACUAUAGUUUUCUUCUACUGAUGGUCAAGUUUGUCACAAUGAAUCCCGAAUACGCUGCCCUCGUCAUGGGCGCCAAUACAACUGAGGUGUACGAAGAUCUUCCAGAUAGGCCACGGUGCGGCGAUACGCCCGACCCGCGCUACGAAAGUAGCGUCUUAAACAACAUCACCCUUGCCAUGCCGGAAUGGGAAGCGGCGCUUACAGCCAUUACCCUCUCGCUCAUUAUCUUGCUCACAAUCGUGGGGAACAUCCUAGUCAUUCUCAGCGUCUUCACGUACAAACCGCUGCGGAUCGUCCAGAACUUUUUCAUCGUGUCGCUUGCCGUGGCCGAUCUCACCGUGGCUAUCCUUGUGUUGCCGUUUAACGUGGCGUGGACGAUUCUCGGCCAGUGGCACUUCGGCAUCCACGUGUGCAAGAUGUGGUUGACGUGCGACGUGCUGUGCUGUACCGCCUCCAUCCUCAACCUCUGCGCCAUCGCUUUGGAUCGGUACUGGGCGAUUACGGACCCAAUCAACUACGCACAGAAGCGCACCCUUAAACGCGUCUUGCUCAUGAUCGCCGGGCUGUGGCUUCUGUCGGGUGUUAUCAGCUCGCCGCCUCUCAUCGGUUGGAACGACUGGCCGGACGUUUUCCAAGAAACCACGCCGUGCGAACUCACGCAACAGCAAGGGUACGUCGUGUAUUCUUCACUGGGUUCCUUCUACAUCCCGCUGUUCAUCAUGACGAUCGUCUACAUCGAGAUCUUCAUCGCGACGAAGCGUCGUCUGCGUGAGCGCGCCAGGGCCUCUAAGCUCAACGCCGUGAAGCAAAACGUCGCCUGCAUGAACCAAUCACAGGCCACCACCCGCGACGCACAGGUAUCCCACGAUCAAGAAUCCGUCAGCAGCGAGACGAACCACAAUGAGCACCCGCCUCUGGUGGAGACCGGAAAGUCCAAAGACAAGAAGCGCAAGGGGAAAAAGAAAAAGAAGAACAAGGACCACGACGACAGCCACGCCAAAGACAAACACCACCUGGCGCCGAUGCUGGUGGCAGAAGAUUCCGUUACCGACAACAGCCACGAUCCUCCUUCAGCCACGCCUGCAAAGAACUCCCAGAAUCACUGCGGCGGAGAGGACGGGCAGACCACGACCACCACAACCACCACGGCCGGAGACUCCCCUCACUCACGGAUCCUGCCGGUGACCGGGCAGUCCGCCGUCCCCACCGCCCCGUCGGCUGCCGUCAUCGGCACGCUCACCCCCGCCACGGCGGCGUCCGUCGCCCCGAAGAAGGGCGUGCCGGUGUACGCCUUCAUCGAGGAAAAGCAGCGCAUCUCCCUGUCCAAGGAGCGUCGCGCCGCGCGCACGCUCGGUAUCAUCAUGGGCGUGUUCGUCGUGUGCUGGCUGCCGUUCUUCCUCAUGUACGUCAUCCUGCCGUUCUGCACCAACUGCUGCCCUUCCAAGAAAGUCGUCAACUUCAUCACGUGGCUCGGCUACAUUAACUCCGCGCUCAACCCCAUCAUCUACACCAUCUUCAACUUGGACUUCCGGCGCGCCUUCAAGAAGCUGCUGCACAUAAAGCCUUAGCAGCUGACCGCCCCGCCGCCGGCGUCCUCCUCGUCACGCUCGCAUCGCUCGACCACGUCCACGGCUGCCAGCAGCGGCAGCAAGUGAGGCGGGCGCGGGGUCGGCGCCGCCCCCGCGGCCCCCCG